AACCCUCAGAGGUUCUACCAGGAAGCAGAACUCAUGAGAACAGGUUCUACUAAGGUUCUAUUUAUGCUGGUUAUGGUUCUCCUCAGUGUUUGAGGACUCUCUGAAGUGUCUGUACCAGAACGGACUCUGUGACCAGUUCUGUGACGGUUCUGGAGAACGUCGGAGAUGUUCCUGUUCUGAAGGAUACCAGCUGGCAGAAGACGGACGGAGCUGCAUCGCUCAGGUGGAGUUUCCAUGUGGUCAGCUGGUUCCAGAAGAACCUGGACUCAACCAGACGGAUGCUGUUCAGACCCGAGUGGUUGGAGGGAACCACUGUCCUCCAGGAGAGUGUCCCAGGAGAGUGUCCCUGGCAGGUUCUGGUCCAGUUGAAUGGGAACAGUCACUGUGGAGGAGUUCUGGUCCGACCCGACUGGGUCAUCACCGCCGCCCACUGUAUCCAUGGCAACAGCCCCGACAACUUGACGGUGGUGGCAGGGGAACAGAACCUGGAUGUGGACGACGGUACCGAACAGAGGGUUCCUGUUUCCAUGGUGAUGGUCCAUCCUGGCUUCCUCAUGGCGACGGGUGACAGUGACGUGGGUCUGCUGCAGCUGCUCCACCCCCUGAUUCUGACCCGGGUCGUGGUUCCGGUCUGCCUCCCGACCCGGGCCCUGGCAGAGCGGGAGCUGCUCCAGGUCCGGUACCACAGCGUGUCGGGGUGGGGCCAGAGGACCGGCGCCGGGCCGACCAGCGCCGCCUCCUCGCCCGUCCUCCGCAGGAUGACCGUCCCCCUGAUCCAGAACUCCCAGUGCUCCCAGCGGGCCCAGUUCAACCUGACCGGCACCAUGCUGUGUGCCGGGUACCUGCAGGGCCGCCAGGAGAGUUGCCGCGGAGACGACGGCAGCCCGCUGGUCACGCUGUUCGGCUCCACCCACUUCCUGACUGGCGUAGUGGCCUGGGGGCAGGGCUGCGCUCAGCCGGGGUAUUAUGGGCUGUACGCCAACAUGGCCGCCCUGGUGGACUGGGUCCAGGAGGCCAUGAAGAAUCCAAAGACAGGACCCCUGAUGGACCAGAAACCAGUUUAGAUGUAAAAUGUAUUUUGAGAAAUAAAAGAAUCAUUCUGUAAUAAUAAUUACAUUAAAAAUAAAAACAUAAAACAGCUAAAGAAGGUAAAAGAACAAGAAUUAUUCUGGACUAAUAAAUAUAAUAAAAAUAAAACACAAAACUGGUAAAUGAGGUAAAAUAACAAUAAUCCCAGUGUUGGUUCUCAAUCCAUGUAUGGUUCGCUCAUUUGUUUCAAAAUAAAAUGAGAAAAAACAAAUAA